AUGCAUUGGUCUGUUUGCAAUCCAAAGUUUAGUUAGCCUUAGUAGUCCGACAGCUGCAGUCGCAGACAGACAGGCUUCAGCCCGUGGUCGUGACACAAAGCCCUCGCAGACUUACGCUAGCUAAGCGCGCAGUGAACUUCAGUUUAGGCGAUACCCAGUGGAGUGUUCAAAGCUCGAAGAAAUGGCCGUCGCAGCAGCUCAGAAGAACCGCGAGAUGUUCGCCAUCAAGAAGUCCUACAGCAUCGAGAACGGCUACCCGUCCAGGCGUCGUUCUCUGGUCGAUGAUGCUCGCUUUGAAACACUCGUUGUCAAACAGACCAAACAAAGUGUACUAGAAGAGGCUCGUGCCCGCGCCAAUGACUCUGGCUUGGACUCCGAAUUCAUCCAAGAUGGAGUACCUAUUGGAAACGGCGAUAACUCACCAACUGUUGAAGAUGGUACCCAACAAGACGAAACUAAGAACGGGCAACUUGCUGAUGCUGACAUAGGUGACGAUGCUUCCAAGACCGAUGAGGAUUAUACUUUGACUGAGGAGGAAAUAAUACUGCAGAAUGCAGCUAGCGAAUCCCCCGAAGCCGAGCAAGCUAUCCAGCAGGCCGCUCUGCUGUUGCGUAUGCGCGAUGGAAUGGGUUCCUUAGCCCGUGUCCUUAAGACCGUCGAUAACUAUAAAGGCUGUGUUCAACACCUCGAAACUCGUCCAUCUCAAGUCACCGAUGUACAAUUCGAUGCUCUCGUGAAAGUGAGCAUGUCUCGUAAUAAUCUACUGCAGCUAAUCAGAUCUCUACGUCAAUCCACCGCUUUCGCUGGAGUGAAUCUCAUGACUGAGAACAUAUCCAGCAAAACUCCGUGGUUCCCGCGUCACGCAUCCGAUCUCGACAAUUGCAACCACCUGAUGACCAAAUUCGAGCCAGAGUUGGACAUGAACCAUCCAGGCUUCGCCGAUAAGGAAUACAGGGAGCGUAGAAAACAGAUCGCCGAGAUCGCUUUUGCAUACAAAUAUGGCGACCCGAUCCCUUCUAUCAGCUACAAGGAGACCGAGAACGCAACAUGGCAGCGAGUGUUCAACACCGUGCUGGACUUGAUGCCCAAACACGCUUGUCGGGAAUACAAGGCAGCUUUUACUAAGCUCCAAGAGGCUGAUAUUUUCGUUCCACAUCGCAUCCCUCAGUUGGAGGACGUGAGCAACUUCCUGCGCAAACACACCGGCUUCACGCUACGCCCCGCUGCAGGUCUUCUCACCGCCCGGGACUUCCUGGCUUCUUUGGCGUUCCGCGUAUUCCAAUCAACGCAAUACGUGCGCCACGCCAACUCACCUUUCCAUACCCCCGAACCCGAUUGCAUCCAUGAGCUACUGGGUCACAUUCCUUUGUUAGCUGACCCCAGCUUUGCUCAGUUCUCUCAAGAAAUUGGUCUCGCGUCCCUUGGCGCUUCAGACUCCGAAAUCGAAAAGCUAUCCACAGUGUAUUGGUUCACCGUGGAGUUUGGACUUUGCAAAGAGAACCACCAGCUGAAAGCUUAUGGUGCUGCUCUCUUGUCUUCGAUUGGUGAGCUGCUGCAUGCGUUGAGCGACAAGCCCGAACUCAGACCCUUCGAACCUGCAUCCACUUCUGUGCAGCCUUACCAAGACCAGGAGUACCAACCCAUAUACUACGUGGCUGAAAGCUUCGAAGAUGCCAAAGACAAAUUCAGACGCUGGGUGUCCGCCAUGUCGCGACCCUUCGAGGUGCGCUUCAACCCCCACACCGAGCGCGUCGAAGUGCUGGACACAGUCGACAAACUGGAGACCCUGAUCUGGCAGCUCAACACGGAGAUGCUACAUCUCACUAAUGCCGUAAAGAAGCUCAAGGGCACGCAUUUCGAAUGAUCACCCUACCUGACAUACACAUCAAUGGUUCAGUGCACGCGGCCUAGCCGCAUUCUGUAUAGUUAGUGAUAUUAUAAGUGUAAGACUUAUUGGCGUGUGUGUAGCGUGUUUGCGAGUGUGAGACCAUCGGAUGGUACUUCGUUGAAUAUCUUUUUGUACCUUAUUGUAUUAUUUAUUGCCGAGUUCAUUGCCUGGGCCUCGUAAUCUGCUCGGCUCUCCCGAUUGCCCAUUUAAGGAGACCGCGCUGGUUAAGCGACACCCUAACUACUAGUAUUAUUUAUAAUUUAAAAGAAAAACACUACGAGUAAAAAAAUGGAGCACCAAAAAGACAAAAAAUCAAACAAAAUAUAUGUGUUUGAGUGG